CGGUUCAAACGUCGAACUUUACAUGUGCCGAACCUAAUAAUUAGGUUCGGCACAUGUAAAGUUCGACGUUUGAAUCAAUUAGGUCCGGCAGAUUUGUAUUCGGGUCGACCUGCCGUUCUAUUCGACCGGGCUUGUCGGAUAGAACGGCAAAAGAUCAACUUUGAUUCAUACGUCGAACCGUUUCAUGUGCCGAAUCUAAUGCAUACAUUACAAAUACAUUAAAUAAAUUAAUUUUUACCCAGAGUUCUGCACGAUUCUUAUGUUUGACAUGCGCAUACGACUUGUUUUGAUCUUUUCAAACAAAAUGGCGGGAAGAGCGGAAGAUAUGUGUUCCUCUUGCUUCGAGAACACGAAAUAUACGUGUCUGAGGUGUAAGAAUUACUUUUGUAUGCGGUGUUCCGUAUUUGAAAAUGAUGAAAGUGUAGCGGGUUGGAAAGCAGGCAGUUCGGUAGCGUACUGCGAGUCAUGUUUUCGAGAGAAAAUGAUUCUUGAAGAAACCGAAGGCAAUGAUCACGAGGAGACCAGUGUGGGUCAGAAAAGCCAAGAGUCAAGCUUGAAUGUUAAGUCCACAAAGCCACCCGCUAUGAAAAGCAAAAACAUUGACGCAAAUGAGGAUGAAGAUGAUGUUACAAGUGAAGAGGGUGAUGACAAUGAAGAUGUGGACAAAGCUUUGUCACUAUUUGUAAAGAAAGGAAAGGCCAGGAAGGGCAAAAGACCUGGGCGAAGACCUCAAUGGUGCCCGAAAGUUCUUGAUGAUUUCAUUGACAUUGUUGUUAACAGCAAUGAGUUUAAGACCAAACUGAUUUUUACGAACACCAAGAAUCAGAGAAAUAGUCCAAUUUAUGCCAAAAUCUUGGAUGAGCUGAAAGGCAGGGCAUCAGCAAGAGGUGACAAGUUCAACAUGUCAAUUGCCCAGCUGAGGACCAAGUUCAAAAAGUGUGUCAGCCAGUGUAAACAAGCUGCACUAACUCAGAAAACUGCAACAGGAAUAAAGAGGUACCAGGAAGACCAUGGGUUUGGAAGCUGGUUCAAUGCCUUGUUUGCAGUGGUUAAAACAAGGGAUUCCUGUCAGCCCGAACGUGCUUUAGAGCCAUCAUCAUCGUCCUCUCCAUGUACCCCUGGAAGUUCUCAUGAUGACCACCCUUCUGAUAAUGCUGGGGACGAAGAUGCCCUGUAUAUACCAAAAAGGUCUGCAAAGAAGGAGAAAUUUGCUAAAGAUAAACUUGACAACACCCAAGUGAUGAAACUCAUCACUGAAGUUGUCAGAAAUGACCCCACAAAAGAGAUGAUCAGCUUUCUGAAAGACGAAAUGGAAAAGUCCCGAGAGCAUGAGUUGAAGUUAUUUCAACUCAUGCUUGGUCAUAGAGCCAAUUCAGGCUUGCCUCCAUCAUCCAGUAUGGUGCCUCCAUCCUCCAAUAUGGAAACAGGGUUUUACCAAUCAUGGAAUCAGGGCUUUCCCUGUCAUGAAGCAGGGUUUUACCCAUCAUUGCAGGGUUCUCAAGGGCCACAACAAACCACCCAGGAAAGCAUGUCUGAAGGUUCUUAUGGGAACCCUUUCCUUUAUGGCAAUGGAAAAUACCAGACAUUGUAGACAUAGAGCUUAUUAGUUAUAAUGUGCUCAUAACUAUUACUUUGACCACAGUUCUUCUCAGGUCUAUUUAUUGUGUUGCAUUGGACAGCAUUCUUACUGGUUUUAACUUAAGUUCUUUUUUGCAAGAAUAGAUUUCUUUUGAACACUUUGAAUUAAAAAAAAAUGGUUGAAUAUGGAUAAAUUUAUUUCUACGUUUGUUUCAGUUCAAUAUGUUGCAAAAUGAUGAUACAGUAACAUUUUUUAGUACCGUAGUUUUUUGAUUAAAUGCCGGGCUUUCAGUAAAUGCCUGGUCUCCAAGGUGGAGUUUUAAAUAAACCCCUGAAGUAUCUAUUAGAGGUUAAACAAGGUGCAGAUAUAAUGUAACAAUUUAUGUCUGUACAAAUGUUACCCGUGCCCCAUUAUAAAGCCAUACAAAAUUUAUGAAGAAAUAACCAGAACUUCAUGAAUAAAGAGCUCAAGCGAGCUUCGGGGGUCAAAUAAACCCUAGGUCCACAAUGUUUCAAAAAGGUAAAUGCCAGGGGUUUUUAAUUGAGAAAAGACGGUAUAUCUGCUGUAGGGCAAUUGCAAAAUAUACAUAACAAUCAAAGGAGUUUUAUUUAACAUGAAUAAACUACAAGGAAAAUGUGUGUAUAUCAGAAGUAAAAUAAUUAUAUGUUGAAUGUUUUUUUUUUCAACAAUAUUUGCAGUACAUAAAAAUUGAAUGUUUAAACUUUAUUUUUCUAUUAAUAUUAAAUUUAUGAAAGUCAUCUUUCAUUGUUGUUUCAGAACAUAAAUGCAAUUAAAAGCAAUUUACCAUUUAAGCUGCAUAGUCAAUGGACAAGUUCUCCUUACUGGUCUCUUUGUUUCCUUUAGUAUUAGUUGGGAGAAUUUUUAAUUAUUCAAGGGGAUGUCUAUUUGCUGAUCACUUCCUUAAUUCUCACAACCUUUUUAUGACUGGAUUGACACUGUGAAGAAAAAAUUUGAUCUUGACAACAAUGAAAUCGAAGAGGGGAUGAAACUUUUCCUUUGGUACCCUCAACAAGCAGUAAUUUUUGUGAAGUGGCUCAACAUUUUUCUCCAAGAUUGAAGAUCUUAGUGGGCACCCAUAUAAAGGGAAUAAUGCAAAGUUUAUCCAAUUAUUCCAAUACUUAAAAUGUGGGACCCAAAAUAACUUAUAACAACAAAAUUGCCACCAUCAAAUUAACAUCAAAAUCAAUUUCACUGCACAUAGACCACAUAUGCUCUACCACAAUAUAACCAACGGAAAACACAAGAUCUAACUAUAAACAACCUAGUAUUAUCAUUAACAGUUCUUUUUUACUGAACAUGGCUGACUUUCAUGUGGUGUCUCUGUCAGUGCUGCUGAUCAGAUUGAAUGUAUAGCCUGCAAGGCAGCCAGACAUGUAUUAAACAGCAACAACAACAACGAAAAAA